AUGUGUUCAAAAAGCAUUCUACUUUACAUCAUCACCUCACUCCUUGCUCAGCGCUCCACCGCUGACCCCAAACACCUCCUGGAAACGAAGUCGCGAGUGGACUUAGAAGAGGAGAGGGACGCAUUGACCGCAAGGCUUUGGAACCCUCAGACGAGUCUCAAGAACCUAUAUGAUCAUAGGAUAACUCGACACUACCCCCUUCCCCAAUUCAAUCUGGAGGCGCUGGCUUCUUCCAGGCGGACAUUUGAUGAGAAUUUUUCAUGGACCAGCGUCACUUUGCUCUCCCUACCUCAGUACAAUCUUUCCUACGUCUUGUUGGGUGGGUCGUGGGCCCGACACAAAGACUCCCCAUACCCUCGUGAAGACGGCAUUGUUCAGCUCUGCAAUUUUACCCUUUCUUCAACGGACCAGUUGACAUUUACGUCUCCUUGUCAGGACUUAUCCGAGGGACUGAAAAGCGCCGCUUUUCUUGGCGCUGCUUCGGCGUCGCUUAAAAUCAGCCCAAAUAUGGGCUUGUUGGUCUACUGUGAUCCCCUUUGGAGAGACCAGAGCUACUUUCCUGCUGGCCGGUGCUAUCUCCAGCUUCUACACAACGCGAAUCUUCGUGCGCGCCUAGAGCUGUCGUCUUUUUGUCGAACUGGCGGUCACGUGACGGAGCCCUGCAUGACGGGAUUCAGUGUGGACUUACUGUCUAAGGGUCGAAUAAACUCGAGUUUUGUGGACAUCUUAAAAGGCAUCCACGUUGUUGUCGGACAGCCCUUAGCUCCUGCUUUCGGCCGGGUGCAAAUUCUGGCAGAUCCCUUCUACUCACCCCGGGUUUAUACUGUCUAUCGCCCGGAAAUCCUCGAAGACAGUCUACCUGAAAGUUACUUUGGCUACUCGGUCGCAGGGGACUAUGUUUCAGUAGUCAGUGACGGUUUUGCUCAGCUAAGUGAUGCAAGUAACAAAUCAGACCUGGCACAAUUAUUUAAAAUUGGGAGUUUGGAUGGGAUACGUACUGCCGGUGCCAUUGACAUCGAUUGGCAGGGACUUGUGGACAGUGCGGGGUCGUUCUGUGGCUUUGGAACUUCUAUGGUUCAUCUGAAAAAUGUGGAUGGUCAAGACAUGAUCGUUGUCGGUGCCCCGUAUGCUGCAAAAGGAGGUAGAGUCUACUUGUACUGCGUUCCAACUAACUUCGCCUUGAAUGGAAGGGAGAAACUUGGGAUGCCGACUGACAGUUACCGCGAUUUUGUGUCGGCCCCACAAGGAUCCGGAGCGUUUGGCUACGCUCUUUCGGUUGUCGGAGAUCUAGACGGCGAUGGCUUCGACGACAUUGCCGUGGGUGCUCCACAGUUGCGCGAUAGGACAAAAAGCGGACGUGUUUAUCUGCUUCGCGUUCUUCCUAACUGCACAUUCGAUAGGAGGCCUAUACAGGUUAUUGACGGGCCAGAAUCUGGUGCCUACUUCGGUUCCGUUUUGCCACGAGAGGGCACAGACAUGGAUUUCAACGGAUGGCCGGAUUUCGUACUGCCUGUCCCCCUUUGUACGUCGUGCGUGCCAAUGAUCUACGCAUCCAGACCUCGCUAUCAAGCUGUUUGCCGGUUCCACCAGCCGAACUGGCUUGGUAGUGUUCGUCUUCGUCGCAAUGUACGCAUUCCCAUUAAGCUAAAAGUACGACUUAUUCCACUCCGAAAGAAUGGACAGAGGAAUCUUGCUGAAUUACUCGAGGCCGCUGGAGUUACACCUGAGGACCUACUCCACCAAGUCAUUCCAGAUCUUUGGGCCAAGGAUCCGAGUGAACAGCGAGUGCGACUGAGUGCAUUUCACAGUAUGACGUUGAACCCUUUCUAUAAUAUGCUGACGCUCAAAUUCGACUUGCUUCCGCAAAUGGACGUAGAAGACAUGCCGAGUCUGGAGCAACCCAGUGGAGCAGUUCGCGUUCAGUACAGGUUCAGCGUUCCAUGUUCCACUGAUUCAGCGCCCUCGGGCGGUUCUACGACUUGUCAAAAUGACUCAUGGAUCCAUCGACCCAUUAUUGACUGGUCGGAUUGCAGUUUCCAGUUGCGUUUGACAAAAUUCGUGUGCCUGCCAAGGGGUAAGUGUGAAAGCGAUUUGUCGCUUCGAGUAACCGACGAAAAGGCGGGACGCGUUGUUACCUCUUCAAAUUCCAACUCAACAGGACAAACUGUCCUAAUUUAUGGCGAUAAGGAAGGGGCAAUGAGCAAAUUGACCGUGGAUGUGUUCAAUAACGGUCCCACGUUCGCAGGUGGUGUGUGGAUAAAUUUUGUCUUUCACGGCAACCUACGGUUUUCGGCAUUUGAACAGGCUCGAAAUGGGACAGUCGAUUUCGUCGGCAGUGUUUGUUCCCACCCCCUAAACAAUGACACGUGGGUGGCUUGCAAGCUCGGUCGUCUAGACCCCCCUCUAACCAAUUCCUCGGUGCCGAUUCAGCGAAUCAGACUAACAUCGUUCUACGUCUUGGGUGAAGACUCUGCAAGCGUUGACUACUCUGCGGACUCAUACGUGAAUAUUUCCGUCUUGUCGCAGACCUACGAUCCCAUUCCACUUGAUAACUCCGUCGUCUGGCGCUACUUGAUGCUCCACGCGCCGCGAUAUCUGAUUACAACCGGUGCUCGGGCGCCUCCAAGCGUGGUCGAUAAUCGGACUAGACCGACUCCCUGGAGUCUCGACUUUCAUCACCGAAUGCGGGUGGAGGAGAUGGGUCCUCGGCUUCAGCACACCUUCCAGAUCGAGCACAUGGGUCCCUCCAAGCGUCUGGUGAAUGUUACCGUCCGGCUGCAAGUGCCUGUCGAACUGGCCAAGACCGCAGACCAUCUGGUGUACCUCUUUAAUGAGGUGCGUUCACCCAUGCGCAACGGUGCUGAAAUGGAGUGGGUUUCUCUGCGACCUUCCGUCAAACUCCUCGGGGGACCCAAGGUUGAGGAUGUUUUGACUGGAUGUUCGUAUGCUAACGAGUCUUUGAUCAAUCCCAACCGGUGGAUAGGGAUAGAUAUGUCUAAUCCCAGGCUUCAACGAUCUCGACGUGCUGCAUCCGACUUCCCAGAUCCUGCCGAAGAUGCAUUAUGGCCGAUCGACCACAAUGCAACAGACCCACUUGGGGAGACCGCAGCCACACGUCGAGGAGGGAAUCGGCCGCAGAAAGUGAUCUUCCGCCGAGUUCCCAAAGAGGUAUUUUUGAAAUUUGGAUACUUUUUCUUGUAA